AUGUGGUUUUUAUUCGUUCUUUUAGACACCAAGCUUUUUCACACCCCUGUGUCUGAGCCUGAUAGCUCUGAACAAUUAUCCAACAGUGAGAUUGAUUUUUCACGUAAUAUUAAGGAGGUAAACUUUGUGGGAGAAACCAAAACGGCUGUUGUGGAGACAGUUGGUGAAGGAUACCAACAGGUUACUGCUGCAUCAAAAAAGACGUCUGUGAACGAAAAUAAAACGACUGGAAAAGCAACGUCGCAGACAGGAAAUGGAAAUGAGCUAAAUGAAUCUGGUGCUAGACAUACUGUCUCUAACAGUGCUGAACAGACUUCAAACUGUGUGACUGUUGUCGCAGGUGAAAUUAACGAAAUUAGUCACGUUUUGGUGGAAGAAACGGUUCCUGCAGGUACAUUGACAGAAAACGUGCAACAAUCCCCUGCUUCACCAAAGAAGACGACUGUAGAUGAUCAAAAUAGUAUGGGUGAGGGUAGUGGAGGUAGUGAAACAUAUCCAGAACAUGUCAUUACUCUCCGAUCUAUGAGCAAUAACCCAGAUUUACCUUGUCAUGACGAAAAUGUUAGCGGACGAAGUUCUGAAAAACUUACUGGCAUAAUUCAGGAUAAUGAUGGGUGUGCGGGAAAAUUGAAAAAUACCUCUGACUCUGACCCUUGUAUUGAAGAACGUAAAAAUAAACUAAGUGAAACACCUUUUUUGCAAGAGUUAAAUGAAGUGUUAGACACACUUGAUGAAUUCGUCGAAGAAUUCCAAACAACAAGAAUGAGAAACAAAAGCGAUAGGGAGGGUGAGAAAGAGGAGAACGCGAAGAAGGAAGGUAAGAAGGAAGGUGAAAAGGAGGAAAGCAGUAAGACGGAAGGCGAGAAGAUGGAGGGCGAGAAGGGAAGUGAUCAAGGGGGCAAGAAGGAGGGUGAGAAGAAUGUAAGCAAUAAAAAGGAAGGUGUGAAGGAGAGUGAGAAGAAGGAAAAUGAGAAGGAGGGUAAGAAGACGGAGGGCGAGAAGAAGGCAAGCAAUAACGAGGGCGAGAAGGAGGGUGAAGAGAAGGAAGGUGGGAGGAAAGAAAGCAAUAAAAAAGAAGGCGUGAAGAGGGAGGGCGAGAAGAAGGAAGAUGAGAAGGAGGGUGAGAAGAAGGAGGGUGAGAAGAAGGAAGAUGAGAAGAAGGAGGGUGAGAAGAAGGUAUAUGAGAAGAAGGAAGAUGGGAAUAAGGAAGAUGAGAGGAAGGAAGAUGAGAAGAAGGAGGGUGAGAAGAAGCAAGAUGAGAAGAAGCAAGGUGAGAAGAAGCAAGAUGAGAAGGAGGGCGAGAAGAAGGAGGGCGAGAAGAAGGAGGGCGAGAAGAAGGAAGAUGAGAAGGAGGGUGAGAAGAAGGAAGAUGAGAAGAAGGAGGGUGAGAAGAAGGAUGAUGAGAAGAAGGAGGGCGAGAGAAAUGAAGGUGAGAAGAAGGAAGGCGAGAAAAAGGAAGGCAAGAAUAAGGAAGGCGAGAAGAAGGAAGUCGACAAGAAGGAAGGCGACAAGAAGGAAGCCGAGAAAAAUGAGGAUGAGAAGGGCAAGAAGCAGUACAGUAAAGAUGAAAAAGAAACUCAGAAAACUGUUAUAAGCAGGAAAAAUGAAAAUAAGAAAGAUGAUGAACCCAGUGAAGCGAGAAGAACCACCAGAUCCAUUACGAAUGCAGGUGGUGUUCAGGUAAGUCUUUCGAAUAUAAGCAACAUAAUUGAACUGAAUAUUUGAGUGAAAAUAGAAUGCUAUUUGAUUGUUUUGCUCCAUUACCUCCAAAACCUUAAAUUCGGUAUAAUUAGGGUAUUUUAUAUGUGUAUAACAUCGAAUAAUUUUAACCUCUCUCCGCAGCGGUCUUUAGUGUGUGGUGUUUUUCAGCGUAUUUAUGCUGGAAUACCUUGUGGGGAAAUAACGACUGAACGUUUUGCAACUGAUACCAGUUAUUCACCACAGAUAUUUAUUAGACCUAUUAUGAAGCAUAAGUGGUCCGACUAUUUUUCAGUUGUAAAGGACCAGUGGUUUCUGUAAUAAACUGUAAUAUCUCCUGGGGUGCUUCUCCUAUACUCUCAAAAUCAAUAAUGCCAGGCAAUAUAGGCGGUAGUUCAAAAAAUUACGAAAUGAAACAUAACCGAGAAUAACCGUAGUAUGGUACAAAUAAAGUGUAUACAAGAAAAAAAAGCUGGAGAGAAUGCUAGAUAGUUAUAAGCUCUUAUACUUUGAUUCUAUUGCGAAUUUGUCUUCAAUACUAUAAAAUGCUGUCAACAUAUGUGAAUUAAAAUGUUUUUAACGUAUUAUAUAAAUGUACAAUAAUCUAAACUCUUCAAAAGACCUUUCCACUUUUAGCGAUGCCCGUUAAGCAUGCCGUACUGUAGGAUGUUGCAGGCUUAGCUUCGUUGCCUUCGAACAAAAUGGCGGCUGUGUGAGCGAACGAUUUUGUUCACAGAAGGAAUGGCGGAAUUUUAGCGCCUGUUUGAAUUGAUCAAUAACUUUUAUCAUGGAUAAUAAAAUAAAUGGAUAAGAAAUCUUUUCAAUGGGCUGAUGACGCGGUUAAAUGUUCAAACCUAGUUGCAAACCAAAUUCUCAAAAACGGCAUGUUUAGCAAUAAUACAGCUAAACAUUUUAGUCAAAGAGCAAAUAAAUAUAACCACGCCAUUGUACGAUGAAAACUCUAAGUAUUCCCAGUCAAUUUUAGCAAAUAUUUCAAGCACUAAACAGUGAAAAAUACAUCGCAAAUUUCGUUAAAAUUUGUGACGCCAAUUUCGUAGCUACAUUGCUACAAAUGUAAAAAAAAUACAAAACAAAGACGAAAAACAUUUACCUUGAAUACUUUGUCGUGGCUUAGGCAUGUUUUUAAAACAAUUAGACCAGUUUAUGCUUCGAUAUCACCCUUUUAAAGUGGACAAUAUAGCAAAACAACAAAAAUGCCGAGAACUUUGGUAAUAUUCGCAAUACGCGUGACGUCACGUUUUUCAACAAGGAUGAGUCAAUGAGGUCAAAGUUUCCUAUCCAGUUAUUUUACUAUCCAUGCUUUUAUCUACUUCGAAGUGACCAACAAUCCUGGCUAAAUUAUUGUGGAUAGCGCGCGCGGAAAAAGAAAUAUCAUCCUUGGCCAAUAUAUACGUGCAAAACAGCAAUGUGUAGCUUCCCCUCCCCCCUGUUCAAUGUUGAAAUCUUGUACAUUGGUUGGGUGAAAGCUUUGCGAAAUGCAUGUCAAGACCAACAUUGUAGGGGGAGCGGGGGAGACAAAGACGCCAACAAGUGUAUGCCAACAGCAAUACUUUAUUUUACACCUCAGUGCAUGUCCACGGAAUUUUUGCCAUGAUUGAAGCAACUUUUAACUAUAUGUUGGUAUGAUUUCAUGAUGUUCUGUGCAGUAAUGGCGAAGAAAAUGCGUUAAAAAAAAGGCGACAUGUGAACAUGCUUUGCAGAGAAUCUCGUGCAACAAACUAGCCUUAGGAAAACCCCACGUCUGAAUUACUGUAGCAUAAGAUUGGACUAUUUAAAAAUAAAUAAAACUGAUAGGUGGAUUUUUAUUUACCCUAUAAUUUCCUCGCUGUCAGCACUCGGGAGAUUCCAACAAAGUUUAAAAAAAUUACAGAAUAAAUUCCCCGGUGUAUUACAGUUACCUAAGUUCUGAGUAACAGUAUGAUGUAUUACCAUUUCGCUUGUUUUUUUCACUUGCAUGAUUGUUGAUAAAAAAUACUUUUUUUUGUAAAUUAAAAGCUAAUAGAAAUAAACAAAAGUAGGGAGUAUUUUGCCCUGCUAAUCACAAUAUUUAUGUUAUUACCAAAACGGCAGAUGCUCACUGUCGGUUGUCAUGUUUUCGGGUCAAACAUUCAGGAAUGCGACUACAAUCCUAUGCACGCACCUAGUUCCAUUUACUGCUAAAACGUGAAACUAUUACUUGCUAAUCUCAGCAUAUAUAAUUACUUGCGGACCAACAGGCGUCGCCAUUCACAAAAUGACGUUUAGGAAUGUGGUCACAUUCCUAGAUGUCUUGACGCGAAAAUAUAACACUUUUUGGCGGACAGGAAGCAUCCACGGUUUUGGUAAUAUAUAGAACAAAUUACUUUUUCCUCACCCUCUCAGAUACUAAAUUUCGGAAGAGACACGUGAGCAGCCACAGCUAUAGGGUCUUACUGUACCUUUCCACAAGAGGGAAGAGCCGGGGAACGAUGUUGCAGAUUGCAGAACUUCAUAAAAUUACACUACAUAUAGUUAAAGUUCCUUUGUUGUUUUUUGGUGGGUAAAAGUUAUUGAUGGAAACAAACAGGUGUUAAAAUGCGCAAUUUUAUAUUUAAAACAAAAUUGUUCUUUAUACCAACCUACAAUCUACUGUCAUGCUUAGCGGCAAAUUGCUAUAGGUGGAAACGUCAGCUUACAUUCUUAUCAACAGGAUGGGGCUUCUACAAAGGGAAAAACCCUGUUAGAGCUGCAGGCUACGCCAGUACCAAACGAUCCGUUGUUACAUGGAAGUGGAUCUACCAAUGAUACGAAUGUGGUAA